GUUCAGGUCAAGCUACCCCCGCAUCCCCACAUCAUCCGGCAUCCACGACCAAAUCGCACACCCGACCAACGAUUCCUUGUAAAAUCCCACGAAAACCCAUAGCCCCCGUGUCGCGCGGCAAAUCUGAAUAAAUUGACCCCGCGAGGCCGCGGCUCCCGACACGGUCACGCUUCGACGGCGCGGAUUGAUCACGCGCGGCACUUAUAUGCACCAACCUCGCGGCGGGCAGCCGGUCCGGCACGGGUUGGAGUUGCCAGCUUUGUCCGCGGGAGGAUGGCGAGCCACGACGCGCUGUGGGCGAAGCUGCACGAGCUGGAGCUGCAGCUCGCGGCGUACAAGCUCCUGCGCGCCGCGCGCCCGGAGGACGUGAGCGCGGAUGGUGGCCAAGGGCGCGCGUUGUGGGCGACGGAGGCAACCUGCCGCGGCAGGCGGUACGAAGCCUACAUGCGCCGGCGCGACGCCAGGCACGUGGCCGCGUCGGCAGAGCAGCAGCCGGCGAGGGCUCAUCAGCCUCGGGGCACGCGCUCCGCGGGACGCAGCAUGCCGAUGAGCCCGCGUGCGCUCAGGUGCACCGCUCGGGACACGCAAGAGGUCAGGAGGACGCUGGCUGCCGUGUCCAUCCCGAGCACCCCGAGAUGGGAGAGCGCCGGGCUGCCGAAGAGCAGGACCGUGAAGGGCGCCAGCGCGGCGGGCAGUCCAGCGAGGUCGCACCACCAGAGGCAGAACAGCCUUGGCCUCCCCGCCGACUUCGGCGACAGCGUCACACCGAGGCCGUUCCUCAAACGCGGCACGGGCACGGGCGGCGCGGUUGCGGCGGCGAGGCUGGGGACCCCGCGGGUGCACGACCUCCCAUCGAUCGAUGCGCCCAGCACCCCGAGGCAGCCUCCGCGGGAGCGUGGCCACGCCCAGGCGGCGCGCCACGUCCGUUCCGUCUCGGAGCUGCCGUUCGACACGGCGGCACUGGCGUCGCCGCAGACGCAGGUGCGGGCGAGGAAGCGGUGGGGCAGCCCGGAGAGGCCGGCGGUGAUGUUAUCGGCCGCCGACUCCCACAGGGACUUCUCCAAGGGGCUCAAGAAGCUGCUGAGCUUCGUGAGGAAAGGCAAGGGAGCCGCCGACCAGCCUUUCCCGUCGCCUAGUCCCGGCGGGAGCGGGAAGCCCGUGAGAAAGGGAUGGUCCGGGGUGGCAGCUUGCUCGCUCGUCGACGUACCGUUCGACCGCGCAAGCCUGGAGGCGCACCGGUUCCCCAUUACACGGGCAGUUGGCAUCUCCGGAUGAGGCCUGUGCGACAUGGCGCCAAACCGUGACACGCCAUGAAAAAGCCUUGUUUGCUCUGCGUUCAGGUGGUUCGAGCCAGCCAGCUAUCCAGGAUGCCGCUCACCGGCCAUCUGAUCUCUGUGCUUGAUGUCGCGCUUGGUGUCAAGCAUGAAGCAUCCUGGAAUGUGAUCAAACCCGGUUUAGAAUGCAAGGAGCUCCCUGGUUUACGUGGGAAUCGACCUAUUUCUUGUGAAA